AUGGCCGCGUCAGAUUUCAACAUUGCCAUUGUCGGUGCGGGUAUCGGCGGUCUGGCCCUUGCAAUUGGUCUCAACCACCUGAAUGUUCCUUACACGCUGUACGAGGCGGCACCCGGUUUCUCAGCUGUCGGUGCUGGUGUGGGCCUAGGACCUAAUGCUCUCAGUGCCAUGGACAUGAUCGAUAGCCGCUUUCGCGAAAUGUACAUGAAGAUAGCGACUGGAAAUCUGAGCCCAGAAAAGAGGCACCUGAUGAUGGAGGCUAUGCGGUUGGAGGUCGGUCUUGGAGAGAGUGAGAGCUGGUGGGGUCAAGGCGGAUGGGGAGCUGAGUAUUUCGAGCGGACCGGUGCGCACAGGAAGGAUCUACUGGACAUCAUGACGAGCUUCAUCAAGAAAGAAGCCAUACGAUUCAACAAGAGGGUGAAGUCGCUGGCACAGGAGAACAACGCCGUAAGAAUAGUCUUCGAGGACGGCGAGAUCGCUCACCAUGUGGCAGUCAUUGGCAGCGACGGUGUCAAAGGAUUCACUCGACGACUCGUACUCCAGGAGCGGUAUCCGGAGUGCGUUCCAGCACAAUAUACAGGGAAGUACGUCUACCGUGCGAUAAUACCCAUGGACGAGUCAAAGGAGAUAUUAGGAGACCUCGCCACAGACGCGAAGAUGUACAUGAGUAAAGACUGCAACCUAUCCACAUAUCCCAUCAGCUACGGCAACCAGCUGAAUGUUGUCGCAUUCGUGCGCGAUACUUUGCCGUGGACCCACCCCGACACAACCCAACAAGUCUCACGAGAAGAAAUGCUCAACGACUUCGCCAGCGCAAAUACCGACCCGCGAUUGAUGAAGCUCCUGGACUGGGCGAAGCCAGUGCGUUGGGGUAUCUUCCAUCACUCCGUCACACCCACAUACUACAACUCGCUCAUCUGCAUGCUCGGCGACGUGGCACACGCAGGCGGACCGCACCAAGGCGCAGGCGCCGGCCAGUGUCUCGAAGACGCACUCAUCCUUUCUCGUGUCCUAGGCAAACUGCAUUCUAGCGUUCCUUCCUCGAUACUUUCGACACCGUCCCCUCUACGAACCCGGAUCAUGGAAGCAGCGUUCCAAGCCUACGACGAGAUCCGCCGGCCCCGCGCCCAAAAACAAGUCGUCACAUCAGAAGAGUGCGGCGACAUAUACAAUCUCAGGGACCCUGUGGCUGGCGACGAUAUCGUCAAGUCUUUGGAGAAUCUGAACAGUCGCUUCGCAUGGAUCUGGCAGCAUGAUCUCGGCGCGGACGUCCGAGCAGUGGAGCAACGGUUCGAAGAGCUAGUAGGACUGUGGACGGGGUUUGAGGGUGGCAAGGAAAGCGCAAGGUUGUGA